GCACGUAAAAUUAUAAUUAUACAGCAAUAAAACACGAUGUAUAUCCUUCUCUUUGACGGUAGUUGACACGACGAAAUAAAAGUAUGAUUUUAUCAAUAUGGAAUAGUCUACUGUUUGUAAACCGAAUUGAUUUGAAAUAAGUACGUAUUAAUCGUUUAAUCGCCUAUGCGAUUCCAAGUAUAACGAGUGAUUUAGAACGUGUAUAUAAAUAUGUACUGCGUUAAUAAGACAUUAUUAUUUCGAUAAUAUAGUAUGGCAUUACCGUCCUCCAAUAACCCAAACAUGAUAUCGUGGAGUGGAGGCCGAUCACGCGGAAGAGUAAAAGUAGUUGAGGUUCCAUUAAGAAGACCUGGAGGAAAUGCAUCCAACAAAUACAAUCAAUUCGUAUGCAAUGACAUUAUAGAGGGAAUAAAUAAUCUCGCUAUAAAUGAAUUGAUACCAACGGAACAAAUAAGUGAAAUAGUUCAUCUUGUUCUUACUACGAAGGAUGAAGAAACAUUAAAGUCCAUGUUUGAUACUCUAUAUAAACGUGCUUUGGAAGAUAAAAUCUUUGGUAUAAAGUUGGCAAGUUUAUUCAGCGACGUAACAUUCUUUACCAUCGAGGUUAAUGAGAACCAAACUAUGCGAUAUCUAUUGCUGAGUACUUUGCAAAAUGAUUACAAGAGAAGAAAAGAAAUUAGAAAAGAAAGUGCUACAUUAUUUCGAAACGUUGUUUCUUUACUUGGAGAAAUUUAUUAUCAAAUGACGCUAAUAACUGGUAAACCUCUAAGAAUAUUGGAAUUACCAUUACUCGAUUAUUGGAGCAUGUUGUUAGAAACAGCAACCGAGGAAGACAUUGAACUUGUCGCUACACAGGUUAUUAUUAAUGGUAAAGGCAUGUAUAAAAGACCGGAAUUAGAUCAAUUUAUGUUAAAUGUAAGAGAAACUCUUACAAAUAAUAGCCUGUCGUACGCAGCCAAGGGAAUGUUGUUACUGAUCAUUGAUUUAGCUAAUCAACAAUUUAAUUCACUGCCUGUAAAUUUAUACGAUUAUUAUACGUCCCAUCUUGGUACAACAGUUUUGAUAUAUCUACAAAGACACAAUAGGGAUCUUACUAAUACUGAAAAUAAUGAAGAUUUAAAAACUGUAAAAAAUUUGAAAGAAAAUAAAAACGAUACAAAUCAAGAAUCCGAGGCAAGUAGUACCUCGAUGGUCAAAGAUGAAAAUUGUGAUCAGAGGGAUUAUGCGGCAAUGAAUACCAAUAAAAAGAAUUUUACAACAGAAAAUACUGUUCCAAGAGCGAUACGAGGACCUGGCGCAAAUAAUACAAAGAAAAACUUUAAAAAUAACUCCAAACCUUUCGCAAAUCCAAUGUCACCUAAACCCGGUAGUAGGAACAAAGGAUGGGAACACGACGAUCGAUUCGAAGAUGCUUAUGAUUAAUAUAAUAUCAAUAAUGAACACUUAGUUCGCAGACAGUAUCUAUAAGUAAACGUAUGUGUGUAACUGGCGAUAAAAAAAUGUGAAACAAUUAACAAUAAUUGUAUCAGAAAUUUAAUGCCUUUUUUAAGAUUCACAGAAUUCUUCUGAAUGAACUCUCUCGAAUUCGCUUUGUUGAUAGAUAAAUAGUCAAAACUGCAUUUGACAUUUUGUUUUCACUAAAAACAUGGGAUUUUUAUAAACGCACAAUUUUUUAAAUAAUCUCUAAUUUCUUUGAUCUAUAUUUCUGUAGAUUUUAAGCUAAUUUCAUUUCAUACAAUUGUUUUUCUAGAUUAAAUAAUUUGUCACAGUGUUAUUAUAUAUUUAUAAAAAAUAAAGAUAUAUUUUUAUGCUAUCUCACUAUCGUAACAUUACAAAUCAGAUAUGAGACAUUAUUUUAGCAUUCGACAUUUCGCAUAAUAUAUUAAUUUUUGAAUUGUAUGGUUAUAACAUUGGAUCGUAUAGAAAAAUAUUUGAAAGUGACAUUAGUUCUGUGAUUAACAAAAAUUGAUACUGUGAAUAUAUGUAUGUAUAGUACAAUGCUAUAUAGAUUUAAUUCAACCUUAAUUUUUGUAUUUCUAUUUAUAUUAUACGACGUACUUAUAUACGAACGUAAUAUCUUAACCAUGGAGAUGUUUGGGCUUACUUUGACCGGUUACGGCAAUUACUUCACCGAAACGUUAAACAAAGAUUAUCAAGAACCAGUUAUAUUGCCGAAUAUUAAAGAAAUUCUAGAAGAACGUUUACGUCGUCAUAAAAAUCGGAGUUUUAGCGAAGUUUAUAACAAGCUUGAUCCGAUUCUUGGUACUACCGAUGGCUUCUCAUACGGAAGUAACGAGCGCAUGUACUUGCAAAGAAAGAAGGGUUUAUGGAAACCGGUUGGACCGACGGAUAUGUACAGAAUACCAACGACGAGAGCGCAAGAGAUAGGAUUUUGGACAAAGGAUUCUUUAUUAUCUGAAGCAAAUUGGUUCAAGUCGACAAAAAAUUACGGCCAAAGAUACAGCGAAAUGACCAAGUAUGUCGCAUGCAUAAUACCUACGCAUAUACGAAUAACGAUGACAACGUAUCUUUAACUUUUACAGUAUAUUUCACAAAUUAAGACUCGCUGACCCAUUGGCAGUCCUUUAGAUAAAUUUCAUUACUUAAACGUGAAAAACGUGCGUCUCUCGACUCGUAUGAAAGGAUAAAUCAAUAUCGAUAUCAAGAUAUCCGACAAUAUACAAGUACAAGGUUUUUUCGUCGAUUUAAAUCUUACGUAGGACGUAGUUCCAAACGAUGUAAUUCCAUAAACAAUUUUUUAAUCAAAAAAUAUUGCUUAUCCAUUUAUUUUAUCCUAUAUACUUAUGUAUAUGCACAGACACAAAUGUAUGUACACGAUAUAGGACAAUUUUAUUAAAAAAUAACAAA